GGAAGAAGGGCGUGGAAGUCCGGUUCCCGCCUCUGCAUGAGCGGCGCUACAGUCCAGUUCUCGCCUCCCAGAAGGCGAGACGCUACCGGCGAUGUUUUGUGACGUCAUCUCCGCGCGUCGCCGUAAACGUCAGUGUCUAGCGCGGGGCUGGGUGGUGUGAUUUUUGUCUUGAAAUUCGAUAUCGGAUGUCCUUUGCGAGCUAUGGAGAGUGACUUUUAUCUGCGUUACUACGUGGGUCACAAAGGCAAGUUCGGGCACGAGUUCCUGGAGUUCGAGUUCCGACCCGAUGGGAAAUUGAGAUACGCCAACAACAGCAAUUACAAAAAUGAUGUUAUGAUCAGAAAAGAGGCCUAUGUACAUAAAAGUGUGAUGGAGGAACUGAAGAGAAUAAUUGAUGACAGUGAAAUAACUAAAGAGGAUGAUGCUUUGUGGCCUCCUCCUGACCGAGUAGGCCGGCAGGAGCUUGAAAUCGUCAUUGGAGAUGAACACAUUUCUUUCACAACAUCAAAAAUUGGUUCUCUUAUUGAUGUCAAUCAGUCCAAGGACCCAGAAGGCUUAAGAGUAUUUUAUUAUCUUGUCCAGGACCUGAAGUGUUUGGUCUUCAGUCUUAUUGGAUUACACUUCAAGAUUAAACCAAUUUAGAUUGAAUAUUGGACAUAAGGAGGAAAAUCGCGCUGCAGCUCAGAGCCACGCUGGAGAACCUCACCAACCUCCGGCCGCUGGGCGAGGACUUCCGGUGGUAC